AUGAGUCGUCACGGGAGUGAAUCACAACCGCAACAGGACAAGAAUCUCAGGGUGACAAAUAUAUCAGAACAUGUGGGAGAAUCUCCUCCACCCACAAGAGAUCAGCAACUACUUUUAGCCCUUGUACCAAGUCCAUCUUACCUUCCAAUCAUUACUCAAUCUGAAACCAAUGAGAUGGAUACAGGUGAAGACUCAAGUCAGCUGCAGGAUAACAAGAUUGAAACUUUCAUGGUUGAAUCUCAGAAAAGGAAAGGAUGGAAAAGGAAGAGUAAGGAGAUUAAUGGGGAAUCUUCCACACCUACUCUGCCUAUUUCAAAUCCUGAUGAUAUCAUUACCAGAGGAAGGAAAAGAAAUGCAGCAACUAUCCAAUUUAUUAACUCCUAA